ACUGGUUUUUUCUCAUCAGUUGUUCUUACUCAACCUAUCAAAAUUGUAUGUUUGGCUAUAUUCUUUAUAUGUUUUUGUCGAAAUUCAAAUAAUGAUAAAGAAACAAGUGAAUAUAUAAAUGAUGAUGAUGAAUUUAAUUUAGGCAAUGAUGAAGAUUAUCUUCAAUCACCGGAGUUUCACUCGUUAUUUUCUUCUCCAUCUUUAAAAAGUAUUAAUCGUCUUAAUGAAAAUGAAAUUGCUCAUGCUCGUGAUCAACGUUUAAAACAAAUUCAAAUGUUGACAAUUAUUCGAGAAUUUCUGAUUAAUUUGAUAUUUGCAAUGUUAAUUUUUGUCAUAACUUAUUCAAAUCGUGAACAACAUAGUUUUUUUCAAGUCAAUCAUUUACGGGCUUAUUUUCUCGAUCAAAGACAAACUACAGUUGAUUAUACUAAAAUCAAUACAAUCGAUGAAUAUUGGUAUUGGUUAGAAAAUAGUUUUGUUUCAAAUGUUCGUGCACAACAAUGGUAUAAUGGAGAUAUUCCACAAUAUUUAAAUGGAUUUUUAAAUGAUAAAUCUAAUCGAUUCAUUGGUUGGGCAACAAUGAGACAAUUACGUGUUAAAUCAGAAUUAUGCCCCAAUCAACGUGUUAUUUUAACAUGCCAAGAUAGUUAUAGUUUUGCUAAUGAAGAAACAGAAUUAUUUCAACCACGAUGGACAACAAAUGCAACGACUGAAGAAUUCAGUUCAUCGGUGAUAAAAGCAUUUAACUAUACUACGAGUGAUGAAUUAGAUACAUAUACAUAUGUAGGUGAAUUUGCAACAUAUAGAGGAGGUGGUUAUGUAUAUGAAUUUCGUGGUAGUUUAUCUGAUAUGAAAACAAAUUUAUCUAAACUUCAUCAAUUAGAUUGGAUUGAUGAGAAAACAAGAGCUGUUUUUAUUCAACUAACAUUAUAUAAUCCAAGUGUUGAAUUAUUAACUGCAGUUACUUUACUUGCUGAAUUUUUACCAACAGGUGGUAUUUAUACAACAGCUCGUUUCGAACCAAUUAAUUUCUACACAUUUACAUCAAUAUUACAAUUAGUUUGUACAA